AACCAAGAACCUCCAACAAAGCUGUGCAUCAUGCAGUCAGACAGCGGAUUAAACAACUGCCCUGCAGGAGGGGAGGAGCUGGAGAAAGAAACCAGGAAACUGGUUACCCAGUUUCUCACAGACUUUGCUGUACAAUCUGCACCAAGGUUCGGUGACGGCAAAGCGCUAUCAACAAUGAAAAGAGUCGUGGACGGACUUUGUGAAAAACACAGAUACAAGUACAAUGGUAUGAUCCAAAAUAUGGCAUUGUAUCAAAAAGAGGAAGAUGUGGCUUUUGUCAGUGCAGUAGCUGCGAGCCUUUUCGAAGACUGCACCGUCACCUGGGGUCGCAUCGCCAGCCUGAUGGCGUUUGGGGCGGUGGUGUGUAAGCACCUGAAGGAGCGAGGCUCGGAGAACUCAGCAGAGCAGGUGGGGCAAGAGAUCUCCUCAUACCUGCUGUCUCACCAUCGAGGCUGGAUGCUGGAAAACAACUCCUGGGAUGGAUUUGCAGAGUACUUUCAAGCAGCAGAACCAGAGAUGACGAUGAGGAACACUCUCAUAAGCCUCGCUGGACUUGCUGGACUCGGGGCAACACUUGCCCUUUUGAUCAAGGUUUUGCAGAGGAUUCUGCAGUAAAAUGAGGAACCGCAAUGUUUAUGGCUUUGAAAUAAACAUGUCAGUCAGAGGACAGUUGUCCAGUCUGAGGAUCCAAAGGAGGGAAGCGACGCAGCGCUGUGAAAGUAUCAGACAACAAGACAAACAAGUCCAAAAGGAAGACAACGAUUAACGCUGCGAUCCAUUUCCAUCAGAACUCACAACACAGAAGUGGGAGUGAUGUCAUCUCUAAGUUACCGGGCUCGUCUGUAGCAACAUCUGCGUGUGU